AACGACAGCUUCCAGCUUGCCCUCGACCUGAACACCAUCAAGACCCUCCUCCGAGUUUGCAAACGAGUCCGCCCUCUGCUGAGCUUCAAGCUCGCUCGUUUCCACACCUGGUGUCAAAGGCCGAGCUCUGUCGCUCUGGCGAAUCGCUGCAGAUCGGCCUGACCCCCAGCGAGACGAUUGCGCUCUCGCUACACUGCGAGAACCAAGACACUGGCAGCCAGUCCUGGCUCGUUGCUCUGGCGGACCAAGGAAACGCAUCUGCCUCCUAUCUCCUUGCCAGGGUCCUGCAAAUCGAGCUUCACGAAGUGCGGGCGGUGGACUACCGUGCGUUUUCGUCCAUAAAACCGCAAUUUAUCCACCGGCUCAAGUCGGCAGCCGAUUCUGGCCAUCCAAUGGCACAGUUCUACCAGGCUGGCUGUUUCCUCAGCGGCUCUGGAUUCGACCGAGACCACGCAAAGGCCGUCGAGCUGUACCGCAGUCUUGCGGAUCGCAGAAUCCCUCGGGCCCAAGUCGCUCUCGGACGAUGUUAUGAGAAUGGCGAAGGUGUCGAUCAAGACUUUGACUCAGCCAUCGAGUGGUAUUCCAAGGCAGCAAACCAAGGCAGCGAAGACGGUCGACUCCACAUUGUGUUCCUGCAAGCAUGGUUCUCGUUCAUCGGCCGUGGUGUCGAGCCGAGCGACAUCGAUGCCUUCAACCGCUGGCAGGAAGUCAGCAUCCAGUCCACCGAUCCGAUCAUCAAACCCAUCGCCACUCACAUGGUCGGAUGGAUGCACUACCUUGGCCGGGGCACCCAGCGAUCUCAGGAAGAGGGAGCCAAGCUCAUCCGAGAGAGCAAGUCAAAGGACUUCCCUCUGGAAGAAGACAACUCUCUGGCUGGAUUCAAUCAUGGCAGCUCCCACUCACCCGCAUCUCGCAAGUUCCACCAGCUGUGUGAGCUGGGAUCGGAGCGAGACUGGCUCUGCAAGCACUUGAUGGCUGUGUGUCUGAUGAACGGACUCGGAACUGCGGAGGAUGCAAAGAAGGCGGCGGGUAUGUUUGAGCAGCUCGCCAUCGACGGUCACAGCGACAGCCAAGUAUGGAUUGGAAGGUGCUGCUUCUACGGCAGAGGAAUAUCCGAGGACAACGACAGGGCACUUGAGUGGUUCAGCGAGUCGGCACGCCAAGGCAACUCGUAUGGGCAGUGGAAGAGUGGUAUCGCCGGUCGGCCGAGCAAGGAAAUCGAUACGGACAGGGCUGUCUCGGCGUGA